UGCUGAUUAACUCCGAAAGGGGUUGAACCUUGUGAUUCGAUUCGAAUGCUCAAGGUUUCGCUUCUUCCGUCAUUUUACUUCCUUGGAUUUUCCAUUCAUCUCUUUCCCCAAUAUGAGCUUUUCUUUUUGUGUCGCUGUCUGCCAUGAAUGCCCACUUGUGCAUUUAUAACCAAAGGGGCUAGUUUACCGAAGCUUAUUUAUUGAUACCCUUCCCUCGCUAGUAAAUUUUUCCACUUUCCUUUCCUGAGUAACCCAGUGGAUGCGGACUAACUACAAAGCGAAGGCAUGGUAGUGGAUUUUUUGUAUUCAUCAUAGCAGCAAAAUGUUUUCUCUGAGGAAUUUUUGGAGACGGCAUAGGAGGAAGAUUUUCGUCACUGCUGGUGUGUUUGGAAGUGGUUAUCUUUUGUAUAAAUUGUAUGGUGCUUACAAGCGUAGACUUGAUGUACUGGAGGGAGAACUCACACUUCAGAGAGAAAAUGAGGAGCUCAUUAAGGCUCAGAUGCAAGCUCACUUUGAGAAUAUUCAGAUGAUUUCUGACACAAUAACGUUGCCUCAUGCAAUGCACUAUUUGAGUUGUCGGAUAGCGGAAGAUCUGGAUCUUUCUCAGCUUCUUGAGAGGCUAAUUCAAGGAAAGGGGCAACCAAACACGUUAACAAGUUCAGAGAAACUAGAAUUAUGGGAUAGACUCAAAAUAUUAAGUUUUACAAGAAUGGCACUGUCAGUAUGGGCAACAACUAUGCUUAGCUUAUAUGUAAAAGUUCAAGUCAAUAUACUGGGAAGGCUUCUAUAUAUUGAUACUGCUCGAAGCCUUGGAGGCUCCAAUUUGAUGGAGAAUAGGGAUAUUGUUGACAGGGAAGACCAGCAGAAAUUUCUUGGAAGCGUAGAUUUUCUCUCUCAAUAUGGUAUACCUUCCUUGGUUUUUGGCAUGGAGCUGGCAACUAAAGAAGCUCUUAAAGGCAAGCAGUUGAGAGAUUUCUUCAACAGCAAAGCACUCCAUGAAACUAUCAUGCAGAUCCUCAACACAUUCAUGAGCAGAGGAAGUCCGCACUCCUGGGUGAAGUACAUGAUGCCUGAGGCUUUUGAAUCACCUAAAACAGCCUCCAGCAGUAGUGUUGAUCCAAUUCCUUCUGACACAAUUGGAUUAGAUCAACUAAUGGCAGAGGCACGGGCAGUGCUAACAAGCGCUGAAUUUGGGAACGUUGUGGAGAUAUCUCUGAAAGCAGUGUUGGACGCACUCAUAGAGCUCAUGGUGACUAAAUUUGGAGGAGGAAAUUUAACCUCAGGCGUGCCGCUGGCCAAAUUGUUGCCUCAAAUUGCUCAUAUGUGUCCUCUUCUCUUCGAAGAGCUAAGCAAAAAUCAGUUCAUCCAAACCAUUAGAAAUUUACCCGAGGUUGAAAUCUUUUUCACCCUCCUCUAUGCAAAUGUACCAAGCGCAUAGCCAAGUAUUAAUUAUGCUUUAAGUGAAAAUCAAAAAGGGGAAAAGGAUUAAAUUUAUUACAUGGAUAGUACGAGGCAUCAAUGUAAAAUAGUUUAAAGAGGUCCAAAAGGCUUCUUGAAAGAAUUACUUAGGGGCUCAAUUGUUAUUCUUGGUCUCACCAGCAUGGCAGUUUUCUUUUUGGUGCAGUUAUGUGCCCUGCUUCUUCGGCCUAAACCCGGGCUUUAGAUGAACUGUCCUUUCGGGCUACGGUUUCCUUUUUCUCAGUAGUCUGUACUGUAUAGACAAUAAUGAUUUUUAUUAUUUCUUCCAUUUUCUUUGUUCAUGGAUUGCUUCCUUUUUGGUCCACUAAUCCAGGAAUUGCUUGUUGAUCCUGUGAAACAAUGCCAGAACCUAGUCUUGUAGAUUCUAUUUCAUUAUUCACUAUGUGAGUGUGGUUCUAUUAGUGUGUGAGCGUGCAUCUGAAGUGAGUUUUACUGAAUACUGUUAUUUGAUAUUUGUGAUUGUUCUAGGUAAUUUGACUUCAGUUAUGAUGAUAGUUCA